AUGCACUGUUUGUGCAAAACCUGCACAUAUACUGUACAGGAUGACUUUCGCAUCUUGAACGUGCGUCUUUCAUCAGGCUGCUUCACUCCAGAACGUCUUUUCUUCCUUCUGCAGCCUCGCCACCCGAACGCUAUGUUUGGCGUUGCGUUUUCACUCGCUCUUCCAGUUGAACGCCUCAAACACAGUCUGCCAGCCCGAGCAGUCUCGCAUCGCCCUGCACUAGUAUGCUCUGCGUCCUGGAAACGGCAGAAUCCAGAGAAGAGACGCCGUUCUCCUCUCAAGGCAAGCCACGGUCCGAAGACUUCCCUAGAUCGCAGGCCACGUGUUGAUCUUGGCGAAGCAGAACGGCUCCAGAAGGUGAUGAGUCGGCUGGGUGUGGCAUCACGAAGAAAAUCUGAGGAGCUCAUUGCGGAGGGAAAGGUUCGCGUCAACGGUCGUAUUGUGAAAGGUCAAGGCACGCUUGUGAACUCUCGCAAAGAUCGGAUUACUGUGAAUGGUAAGGAACUUACUCUACAAGACCGUGCUGUUUGGAUGGCAGUUCACAAGCCGACAGGUUACUUGUCACUUCCCAGAGACGGGAAUAGAAAGAGCAUUAUGGAUCUCAUUCCGCCAAAGAAACGAAACGGACUCAUUACCGUAGGCGGCAUUGAUGAUGAACAUAGCGGUAUUGUCAUCUUGACCAAUGAACGAGGCCAAGUUCCGAUGCAAUCUAGUCCGCAAAAUCGUCACGUCAAGGAGUGGCGUGUUGAUUGUGAAGGAGCAGUGAGUAACGCGGCUGUUGAUGCACUACGGCGUGGUGUACACCUGAAAGGGGAGCUGUCAAAAUGUCUUGCAGCGGAUGUCCAAAUUGUUGGUUCAGAGAGAGUGCAACUUGCUCUAGGCGUGAACAAAACUCUCACCCGCAUGGAAGUAAGAGUACGCGAGAGCCGACGCCGGCUAAUCCGCAGACUCUUUGAACAUGUCGGACUCCAAGUGUUUCACGCAAGUCGAAAAAGUUUUGGUCCUGUUCAUCUGGGGUCUCUAAAGAGAGGAGAUUUUCGCUACCUCACACCCAAGGAAGUGAAGGCAUUGACGCGGGGGACCAAUGCGGCUAAGUGACAAUUAGUGUCGUGACAGCCCCUUUACUCUCUGCCACCGAGGAAUACUUUGCACAUAUGUACAAGAAUCCCGAUGGACGGAAGAAUCCUGUACGCAUUGACUGUUGAUAGCACGUCAAAGAACAUAUUCUCCGUCACAGCCCUUGCGCGUCGGCGCUCUGAAGUUAGAAUCUGUCUACGGUCCUUUAGAAACACUUAUGGUAUGUCCGUCUCACUGACAUUUACUGCACUAUCCUCCUUUAUCAGCUCGAAAAGCUCGACAAAACUUUAUGGUCAAAAGUGAGUGCUCCGAAUAAUGCAAUUUGGAAGCUUAGUCCUCGUCUCAAGGAAGUCUUCGUAGGGCUGAUGCAUGCCCAUCUUCGGAAGGACAAAUUUAAUUGCACAUACUGCCUUCAGGUAGCAUUACGCUUCGCGAUAACGAGCAACAACUUUCAGGCAGAACAAGCAAACUUCGUCGUCUAGAGCCCGUUCUGGUGCUCGCCCAAUGGCGUGACAG